AAGAGCUCAGCAGAAAAGACAGAGCGGAGAGUCGAGACUGACGGAGGGGAAAAGAUAUUAACGGAUAUUAUACCAGUUUAUAUUUUCAGUCAGCAGAAUGUUUCCUUCAGUUUGUCCUAAAGCUCUGCUGUUGGUCCUGAUGUGUGUGUGUGCUGCUGCUGCUGCAAGAAACGACAGUGACAUGGUACGAGGUUCGAGGACCUUUGUCAUUCGUUACAAAACAGUCACAGAUGAACCAACCAGCCAGGAUGAUGUUUACGGAGAGGACGAUGAUUUGAUCAAACCGAAUCGUUCUGCAGUCGGUUGGCAGCCUGACGCAACCAUAUCCCGUACCCAGGUCAUCUCAGAGGAUGUGCUGCUGUUCCUGACGGGCCCCGUGUCCACCGUCCUCAUCCCGUCCUUCUACUCGCUGGUCCUCAUCAGCGUGCCGAUCAACAUCUGCGCCGUGCUGGCCUUCGCCCGGAGGAUCCGGCCCAAGAAGCCGGCAGCGAUCUACAUGCUGAACCUGGCCUGUGCUGACCUGAUCUUUGGCAUCCUGCUCCCCUUCAAGAUCUCCUACCACUUCAGAGGCAACGACUGGGUAUUCGGACCCUUCAUGUGCCGUGUGGUCACCGCAGCCUUCUACUGGAACAUGUACUGCUCGGUCCUGCUCAUAGCCUGCAUCAGUGUGGACCGGCUCCUCGCUGUGGUCUACCCCAUCGACUCCCUGGCCUGGAGGAGGCCACGCAACUCCAUCAUCGCCUGUGUGACCAUGUGGAUUCUGUCCUUCGCUGGUUCGGUGCCCCUCGUCCUCUCCGAUCAGACUCAUCACAUCACUGCACUGAACAUCACCACCUGUCAUGACGUCCAGGUCAUAGACGAUCUGAUCUGGAAGUACAGGAUCUACUUUGUCACCCUCUGCUGCGCCCUCUUCUUCCUGCCGCUGCUCGUCACGGUGGUGUCCUACGCUCGGGUGAUCUGGUGCCUGAGCAGGGUCCCCGUCGGUGUCCCAGGAGGCUCCCGCAGGAGAACAAGAGCGGUGGUGAUGUCUGUAAUGGUCCUGGUGAUGUUUGUGCUGUGUUUCGCACCCACAAACUGUCUGCUGCUCGCCCACUACCUGCAGUUCAACGAGGGAAUGAAGGAGAACCAGCAGCAGGAUCCCAACGGUUCCUACUCAGCCUACCUGGUGUUCCUGUGUCUGGGAAGUCUGAACUGCCUCCUGGAUCCUCUGGUCUACUACUUUGGAUCGUCCCAGUGUCAGAAACAACUGUCCAGCUUCCUGAGGUGUGAGAAGAUCAGGGCGGGCAAGAACAUCAGUCACUCAGCGACGGAUUCAUGCAUGUCCAGCAACAGAGCGAUCCUGAAGUCCAGAUGCACAGAAAGCUCCAGAAUAAACACGUUGGAUCCUCUUACUGUGGUUGUGGAGGAUAAGUAGUAAACUUGUUUCACCAUUUGUCUGUUAUAAGUCUUUUUUGCAUUAUGGUUCACUUUCAUAUAGCUGAUGAAUAUAAAGCCUCACCUGCUCACAGUCUCUGGUCUCCUGCGGCUCUCUGCUGGUGGGAAAUGUACUUAAUCUCCAUUUUACAACAUCGUCCAAGUUGUUUUCUCCUCCAGCAGGUGGUGCGGCUGUACUGUUGAUAAAAGAUCACCUGAAAGAUAAACUCCAAUGUCAACUAUCAGUGUGUAUGGAGUUAUGUUUGGAUGUAAAUUGCUUGUUACUUUUCAUGCUCUUCCUGUAUCCUGUAUAACAUCUACAGCUGUAAAAUGAUCCAAACACAUUAAUGUAGCAGUGAUAUUAAUCCACAUCAGAUAUAAAAGGGAAGUACAAAUACUUUACUAACACUAAUGCUUUUAAGAGAUUUUUCAGGUGUCUGUCCUUUACUUGAGUAUCCACUUACCUGACAGUUUUUGACUUUUCCUUCCUAUAUUUCAACACAAAUAUCUUGA